GUGUAUGUACAUCGGACUCGGAGGUACACGCCAUGGAACGGCGUGAUGGGUACUUAUGAACGCUCUUCUGUGGGCUUGUGCGGUUACCAUGGAGACGGGUGUGGGGUUAAAUCGCACGAAGCGCAACCCAACUGUGAUAGCAUAGCAACUGCAUAUGACCGUGAACACUUUGGUGACUGGACCUGGAGAGCGUUUGUUUUGGGAAAUCCAUAUAGUACAUCAAGAGGCGAAGCACCCGGGCUGGGUGGCUGUGAUGAUGCUGAGUUUGUGGGUAAUGAACCUUUCGCCAAUGGGGUAGUAUACAUGAGAACAAGUAGCAGAUUCCGAAAAGGUGCAAUGCAGGUGGAUGUAGGUAGAUGCUCAUACGAAAAAGCAGUGUGGCAGUACUUUGUCUUCUGUUGCAAAAAGUACCGUCCCUAUCGAGCCGUUCUACUUCUUUUGGCCGUUGGAUUCAUCCCCCCUUUCUCUGUACUUAUAACUGCGGAGAUUUACACCGACUUACAACAUCCCGAUAGGGAUCUCGAGAUCGGCCUCAAGGUUACCCUGCUACUCAUGCUGGGAGUAGUCACGAUGGCGGUCAAGUUCCAUGUGCAGCUGACACUCCCCGUCAGCCGCGCUCAGGCACACCUGCGCAAUGCGCUGAUGACUAAACGACUGCGACUGGGGACUAGCUCAGCCACCACCACAUGCGCAUGUCCUGAUGCGGUUAGUAAUGUGCAUGAGUGCACUCGUCCUACUUCUAAUACAUGCGGCAGCACCAACCUGUCUACCCUCGCACAUGGGCUGGAGCGCGAACACCGGCUUGUGUUGCAGUGGCCGUCUGCGCGGUUUGGGGUGCUCUUGGGUGAGGCGGAUGUAGUCGUCACGCAGCUGUGGGCAACACCACUCAAGCUCUGUAUAGAAGUUGGCACGGGGGUCCUUGGUUCGAUCGUAGUCAUCGCUGUCGUUCUGAGUGCAGACAACGGGACCAACGCCGUCGUGGCGGGCAGUCUGUUGUAUGCUGUGGCGCUGGUUAGUGCGGUGUUGCCCAUACUUUGUCGCAAGGUACGGCUCAAAACGCUCAUGAAGUACUACGAAGAGAGGAGGAAGAGAGAACAGGCCUAUCAGUCUAUGGCCAAUUUCGCGCUGGAACACACCACACAACCAGGCCUCAAGCAGCACGUGUUCACACCCGCAGGCACUACACCGGCAUCGCAACCCUCGGGACCGUCUCCAUCCGCUUCGAUCGCAACCUCAAAGGGAAGUGGUUGUCGCCGGACGGUUACCCAACUUUCUCAAUCGGACUCCCGGGAUAGGCAUAUAUGGCGAAGAUCUAUGCAUGACAGGGAUAGUGUCGUACGUGUCUCGUACUCGGAGCCGCAUCUGUACUCUCCAACGCCAUCUGUGACUCUGACUGGUGCACCAGGCUCGGCUGUGGACUACACAUCUGAGCCAAUACGGACACAUGCCAGUGAACCAUAUCUCGGCAAGGAUGUACCAAAGGAAAUGCGGUCAUACUCGCAACAACCUAUGUGGAGUCAGGAAUAUUAUGAACUGAUGCUAGACACUCAUAAGGCCAUCAUGCUAAGCUCUGUUUCAAACAGACGGAUGACCAUGCUAAAUGUUGCCUGGGCGCUGAGCGGUCGUCUUUUUUUGUAUUUCUGCUACUUGGUGCUUGUUGUCGUGUUAAUAGUAGUCUUCGAUAGAGUCAAUCUGAAUGUGGGCUCGGCUGUCGCGCUAACGGGUCUGAGUAUACUCUUGCUAACCUACGCUAAUAACAUGCUGGAUGUGUUCCAACAAAUGCCUCUGGGGUAUAGCAUCUUGCUGGAUAUAGCUGAGGUCUUCAACACGCCAAUUGCGAGCGAUUGUGACGUCGGCCAGACUGAUCUGCCUGUCAAUGCCACUGCCGUUCCAUCAGUUGUACAACGCGUGUAUUCCAACGCUGGCAAUUGAUUAAAAGUGAUAGAUAUAAACGUG